AUGUUAAUUGUGGGCGUUGUCACUCUGUUCGCAUGGAUCGCAUUGAUAUUAUCAUUCUUUUCACUAGUCCAAGUGGCCAGCCCAAUCAAACGGCUAUCGACAUCAGCGUAUCUUGGAAUACAGGCCAUUGCGAUCACAUUUUGUUUCGCAGUACUGCUUCUUGAGGGAUCCAUUUUACACGCUGAGUAUAAGUACAUCAAGAGGCGAGCAGAACAAAAGCACGCCGACGAUGACUUCCUACCGUUCAUGAACGGCAGUACUACUCUCAAGCCUACAUUUGUAUAA